UCAUCAUAUGAUCCAGCAGGAAAAGACAAAUACCGUUGUACCUGCCAAAUGCAUGGCGUUGUCCCAGUCUCUUACUUCUUACGGCAUAUGAAAGAUUCCAAACUUACCCUGAUGCAUCAUGGCCUUGGCCCCAAGGGGGCCAGAGCUCUCGCUCUUUCCUUGACAAGUAACACCUCCAUUGUGAAGUUGAACUUGAGUGACAAUUGGCUGAAUGGCGAUGGGGCUGCUGCAAUUGCAGAUACGUUGAAGGAAAAUGGUUAUAUUUCAGAUGUUGACUUAUCCGAGAACAGAGUUGGAGUGAAAGGAGCAAAGGCUCUGUCUGCUAUGCUUCGGGAAAACACAACCCUCAUCUCCCUGGACCUUUCUGGAAAUGAAUUAAGUGACCAUGCUGCCCGUGACUUAGCAGAUGCCCUUUUGACCAACAAUAAAAUGGAAUUCCUCAAUCUGAGUCACAACAUGCUUGGGGAGCCCUCAGGUGAAGUUCUUGGAGCAGCAGUUGCUGAAAAUGUGGGCUUGAAGGAGCUCAAUCUCAGCUGGAACUGCUUCCGGGGCCAAGGAGCAGUUGCUGUUGCCAAAGGCCUGGGGGCCAAUAUAUUCCUUCGGGUGCUCGAUCUGUCUUACAAUGGCUUUGGAAAUAGUGGUGCAGCCGCACUUGGUGAGGCCCUGAAAGUCAACAACGUGUUGGAAGAACUCCAUGUCGGGAAUAAUCGCAUUUCACUGGAAGGAGCCCUCUGUCUUGCACUGGGUCUGAAAGAAAACAAGACUCUGAGGAUUCUUGGUAUGGCCAGGAACCCCAUCCAGAAUGAUGGUUGUGUGGGUAUUCUGAAAGCUGUUCGAGCAAACUCAGCUGCAGUCUUGGAGAUUCUGGACUUUUCAGAGAUCAUUGUGAAGCAGGACUUCGUUGGACUCUGCAAGGCUGUCCAGGACAUGCUUCCGAGCCUUCGGAUCAAACAUGAUGGAACCAGUCGCUUGUUCAGAACGGACUCCUCAAAGGGGUCCUGAGAAGACACCUGAUGCUGGGUGGCCCGGCGGAUCUCUGCUCUUCACUUGCCCACUUUACUGCAUAAUGGGAAAGAAGACCAUCCUUGGCAACGCCUUCUGUGGACGCUC